CUUCCAGCAACCAAUCAGGGUGCCUGCCUGGCUGACGUCAUAGAGGGUAUAAGUACCGGCGCGUUCCAGCUAGCGUCACUGUCCGUUUGGGAAAAGCGUCGUGGUUGCUGCUCCUGAACGACUGGGUUGUUAUAACGGUUUUUUGAGUGUGACUAGUGUGUUGAAUAUUUACCAUGCGUGAAUGCAUCUCCAUUCAUGUUGGCCAAGCCGGCGUACAGAUCGGGAACGCAUGCUGGGAAUUGUACUGCCUGGAACAUGGAAUUCAGCCUGAUGGGCAGAUGCCCUCAGACAAAACAAUUGGCGGAGGAGACGAUAGUUUCAACACAUUCUUUAGCGAAACGGGCGCAGGAAAACAUGUACCUAGGGCAGUUUUCGUAGACCUGGAACCCACCGUUGUGGAUGAAGUACGCACUGGUACCUAUCGGCAGCUGUUUCACCCCGAGCAGCUCAUCACUGGCAAGGAGGAUGCUGCAAACAAUUAUGCACGUGGCCACUAUACAAUUGGAAAAGAGAUUGUGGACUUGGUGUUGGAUCGCAUCAGGAAGUUAGCGGAUCAAUGUACUGGGUUACAAGGGUUCCUUAUUUUCCACUCUUUUGGCGGUGGCACUGGAUCUGGCUUCACAUCAUUGCUUAUGGAACGAUUAUCGGUAGACUAUGGCAAGAAGAGCAAACUGGAAUUUGCAAUUUACCCAGCACCCCAAGUUUCUACUGCUGUUGUAGAACCAUAUAAUUCCAUCCUUACAACUCACACUACCCUCGAACAUUCAGAUUGUGCUUUCAUGGUUGACAAUGAGGCCAUCUAUGACAUCUGUCGCCGAAACCUGGACAUUGAACGCCCUACAUACACAAACCUUAACAGAUUAAUUGGUCAGAUUGUGUCCUCAAUCACAGCAUCUCUGCGUUUUGAUGGUGCACUCAAUGUUGACCUGACUGAGUUCCAAACUAACCUUGUGCCCUACCCACGUAUCCAUUUUCCGCUUGUCACGUAUGCUCCUGUCAUAUCGGCAGAAAAAGCAUACCAUGAACAACUAUCAGUUGCAGAGAUUACAAAUGCUUGCUUUGAGCCAGCCAAUCAGAUGGUAAAAUGUGACCCAAGGCAUGGAAAGUACAUGGCUUGCUGCAUGCUUUACAGAGGUGAUGUCGUUCCUAAGGAUGUCAAUGCUGCCAUUGCUACCAUUAAGACGAAGCGAACAAUUCAGUUUGUUGAUUGGUGUCCCACAGGUUUCAAGGUCGGAAUAAAUUACCAGCCUCCCACUGUUGUUCCUGGAGGCGAUUUAGCAAAGGUUCAGAGAGCUGUGUGCAUGUUAUCGAACACAACUGCUAUUGCUGAAGCUUGGGCCCGACUUGAUCACAAGUUCGAUCUCAUGUAUGCCAAACGUGCAUUUGUCCAUUGGUAUGUUGGUGAGGGUAUGGAGGAAGGGGAGUUCUCGGAGGCCAGAGAAGAUUUGGCUGCCCUUGAAAAAGAUUAUGAGGAGGUGGGAAUGGAUUCAGUUGAAGGAGAAGGUGAAGGUGCUGAGGAGUACUGAGUGCUUAAAAUGUCAUUUGAAUUGUAUUUAUACUUUUGUAUGCCAGAUCAUUCCAAGUUUUGGUAAAUGUAUCAUUUUCAGAACUGAAUGAAUUGUAUUGAAGUAUA